AACCCCACAAUUGAUAUAUUAAAUUCCCAUGAUGAUGCAUAGAAAGCUCUAGAAGCAGGAAUAAUUUUGAAACCAGACAGACAAAUUCUUCCUACUUUGACAUUAUUUUUAUUCCCCAAUCUUAUCUCCUCCACCAUCACCAUUUAUCAGAAAAAAAAAAUAAACACAAAAUUUUAUUUAUUCCUUCACAUUAAGGCAUGUUGAUCCCUAUUCUUCUCAAUUCUCAUCUCUUUUGUUCAUUCCUUGGCGAAUAAAUAUGGGUGGUGGUAUCAAAGAGUUUGAUAUUGCAACAACAGAGAAAAGACUAGUCGUUCAAGAGUUAGAGAACAUGUCGGACCCAGAAACAGGUCGAAUUCUGACGGGGUCAUGGGUUUGGGACUCUUCGGUUUUGUUGUCCGAUUGGAUGGCAACGAGUCAACGACAAAAUGAUGAAUUUGAUCUCCAAGGCAAAACGGUGCUUGAAUUUGGUGCUGGCAUGGGGAUCCCCGGUAUGACCGCUGCGUUACUUGGCGCAUCUCAUGUCGUUCUCACCGACGUCAGGUCUCUCAUUCCUGGUCUUCAAAAUAAUGUAGAUAUUAACUCACUUGGAGACCGAGUUAAAGUGGGUGAGCUUGUUUGGGGUUCAGAAGACUCCUGGUCAAGUUUGAUCCGUGACAUUCCAGAGUUGGCUCAUAGGAUUGACUUGGUUUUAAUGUCGGACGUGUUUUACGACAUAACUAACAUGCCAGAGAUUGGAAGGACGCUGAGAUGGAUUGUCAAAGGCGAUUUGAAGACUCGGGUUUGGUGUGCGACUGAGAUUCGGCAAUGGACGAGUCAAUGUCUUUACGAGUUGAUGAAGGAAGGGUUCAAUGUGAUUGAGUUAACGAACCGACGUCUCGACUCUCCUCCGAAUCUUAUCUCCUCCUGUUCAAGUUUGAUGGAUGGUGAUUGUGACGAGAAUCAACCAAGUUUUGCAGUUUUCCAAAUUGUACCAAGAUUAAAUGAUGUGUAAAUUGUGUACCACGGGUGAUUUGUAAAUUAUGAAGUCAAAAGUCUCCAUGAUUCCCUUUUUUGUAUUGAAUUUAGGUUCGUGAAUGUUGAGAUUAUUGUUGAAUGAGAAUAACAGUACGGUUUGGUUUGAUGGUA